UUCACUCUCCGGUAGACAGUUGAGCACAUGGCUUUGAAUGAUAGCCCACUGGGAUAAAGGAUCUGGGUUUUACACAAUGAAAGUUUGCGCCUGCGUGAUCUUAUUUCCAUCAGAUGAAUAUCACAGGAAGAACGGUAAAGAGCUGGAAUAUAAAGUUGUUAAAGGCUGAUGAAUCCACAGUCACAUUCAGAAUGAACUAACAUGUGGAGGAUCAGCAGAGGUCAGGAGGCUGCUCCGACAUAAGAUAACAUUUGAAACAGGCUGGCUUUUUGACAACAGUCAACAUCAUUCUCUUCAUCAUGUCGUGGCUCACACACGUGUUGUCCUGCCUAUUUGGCAUUGGCUCCUGGGUGGCCAUUAAUGGGAUGUGGGUAGAGCUUCCUUUGAUAGUGCAUGAGAUUCCUGAGGGCUGGUACUUGCCCUCUUACCUUACUAUAAUUAUCCAGAUGGCCAACAUUGGCCCUCUCUUCAUCACACUCAUGCAUCGCUUCAGGCCUGGUGUGCUAGACGAGCGGCCCAUUAUCUACACCAUUGUGGCGGUCGGUGUGGUGGCCACCUUCCUAAUGGCUUUCCUCUGGAAGCACACACUUACUUUUGGCAAUGGUAAGCACAGUGCUGCCUUACUGUGUCUCAGCUUCCUUUUGUCCAUUGUGGACUGCACCUCCUCAGUCACCUUUUUGCCAUUCAUGAUGCGUUUACAACCUAAAUACCUUACCACCUACUUUAUCGGAGAGGGUCUCAGCGGUCUUGUCCCAGCGCUAGUGGCUCUUUCCCAAGGUGUGGGGGUGGUCCACUGUAAGAAUGCUAGUGCUAAUGCCAAUUUUAGUUUUGGGAACUCAUCCUGGGGUUCUGAUGGAGAAUUACAGGCACAAUAUCAGCCCGCCAACUUUUCUGCAAAGGUUUUUUUCCUGUUCCUCAGUGCUAUGAUGAUGGUGUGCCUGGGUGCUUUCCUUCUACUCAACCACCAUCCAGCUGUACAACGGGAACACAAGGGCAAAGAUUACAUCAGUGAUUCUCAGAAGGUAGAGAAGAUUGAUAUGAGCCAAUCCUUGAAGGACGAAACUCCAGAACAGAGGCCUAUGCUGGAUUCCUCUGAAAGCCACGUAAAAAAGCAGCACAGCAAAUUUGGAAAAAGGACAUACAGCAGAAUAGAGCUGGUCUUCAUUUUUGUGAUUUUGGCUUGGGUCAAUGCGCUGACCAAUGCUGUUUUACCCUCAGUUCAGUCUUACUCUUGUUUGCCCUAUGGAAAUAAGGCCUAUCACCUUGCGGCCACCUUGUCCGCAGUAGCCAAUCCAGUUGCCUGCUUCAUUGCCAUGUUUGUACCAAUCAGGUCUCUGGUGCUCAUGGGGGUUUUAACAGUAACUGGCACAGGAUUUGGGGCAUACAUUAUGGCUGUGGCAGCACUUAGCCCUUGCCCUCUACUGAUCCACCAUGACCUGGGAGCAGCACUCAUUAUCAUAACCUGGGUGACAUUUGUUCUCACCUUGUCCUACGUGAAGGUCAUUAUUGGGGUGAUCCUGCGAGAUGAGGGCCACAGCGCCCUUGUGUGGUGUGGAGCUGUAGUGCAGCUUGGCUCUAUGUUAGGAGCUUUGUCAAUGUUUCCUUUGGUCAGUGUUUACAGGCUUUUUAUGUCGGGAGAUCCAUGUAACACCAAAUGCCCUAAAUAAAGGAAAUAAUUAUUUUGAUGAAUUCAGGGUAAAACAGUAAUACACAAGAAACAUGUUAGAAUAAAAAAAAACACAUUAGACUGUUACACAGAUUUAUUAUCACUUACAUCAGGAUGGGCAACUUCGGUCGUGGAGGGCCGGUGUCCUGCAGAGUUUAGCUCCAACCAUAAUGAAAGGUGCUCUAAGUGAAUUCACGCGUUUUAGGCCAUAAAACAUUUUAAGUUUCAUACAGUAAACAUCUCCUCACCAUCUGCUAGCUGCCUGUCCUCUGAACACACUGUAAAAAAAACGCGGUCUCUGCAGACAGCCCAGGCUUCACAAACUGCAACAAAAACAGAGUGGUCAAACCUACCACCACAAAACAUAACAAAGUGUUCCAGACAAUAAAUGACAAGGAUUUGGGAGUGGGGGCAUUCAUGACUCGUUCAGAAAGCAUGGAAGGGAGGGGGAGGAGAUAGCUACGCUCCGUUUUGUUUGACAACACUUCGAACGCAAACAGGAAGGGACGUCACACUAGGCCUGGAAAAAACUUGAUUCCUUUUAAGGAUUCAGUUUAUUGUGAAUCAAAAACUAAAGUGAUCCGGGUUGUGUGAGUCACUUGAGUCAGUAUUGCUAAAUUGCCAAGGAAACUCAGUACAGACCCACUUGUAACCGGCUGAUCCGCACGACUCGAGAUUCUCAGAGCAGGAAACAUUGCAGACUCGCAGACCAUGGGACUCAAGAGACUUCAUUGCUCUACAGAUCCACUAACCGGCUGAUUUCUACAAUGUUUCCGGCAGAUCUGCAAAUCUGCAGUGUUUCCGGCUCUGACUCGAGAGACCGUUUGCGCAGAUCAGCCGGUUACGAGUGGAUCUGUAGAGCGAGCGAAGUCUCAUCAAUAAUGUUGCAAGAGGUUUGUGUGUGUGGUGGGGCUGUUUAUGGUUUUACAAUGAAUUGUAGUAGGACUCAAAUGAUCCGGGUUAAUGAUACUAAAGACUCGCGACUCAUGAGUUAAUUUAAAGAUCCAGGUGAAAGAUCCGAGGGAGUCGCGACUCAAGCUCGAACUGAUUUUGUCAAGUGGUUGAUGUCCUUAGGGAAACAUAUUGUGUUGACCCAAGGACAAAAUUUUUCUAAACCUAUUUCUGAAAUCUGAUUGGUUGAUUGAAAUGUUGUCUCAGGGUCAACAUAAUGUUGCCCUGAGGACAUCAACCACUUUGCAAAAUCAGGAGAGCCCAUGAGCUCAAACAGCUCUACGUCACACAGAUUUGCCUUUAAACACCUGAAGCAGCCAAUAAAGGUCUUACUAGGCAUACUAGAAACUUUUAGGCAAGUUGCAGCUAAACUCUGCAGGACACCGGCCCUCCAGGACCGAAGUUGCCCAUCCCUAAUUUACAUUAAAGGUGAAGUGGGUAAUUUCUUUGCUAUUAGAGGAAUCAAAAAUGUUCUAUUACCCCAAAAGUCAUAUCUGCCCACUGACAAACACUCACAACAUUAACUGAAAGAUUUUAAUUCUCAGCAGCAUUUCUCAAAAUUGGUGCUGCUAGUGUUGCUGUUGAAAUUACACACUUUAGCUUUAAACACGCUGUUAUUUAUUUUUUCAUACAGCUCCAAUCACAGUUACUGUAUUGUUAUAAAAGACAAGAAAAUGAUUUUGCCUUUUGUCAUAUUGCUUGUUUAUUGGUACAUUACAGUUACAGUAAACUGUUACCGCUGGCAUUAAAGACCCCUACAGUUACAGUGUAACUGCUGUAAAUUAUGACAAUGUUCUUAUAGUUUUUAUCCUAUACUUGAAAUGAAAUGCUUUUAUAUUGAAUUGUUGCU